AUGGAAGUACGUUUGCAGAAAAAUCCUGAUCUGGAUAAGAAAAUGCUUGAGGAUGAGCUUAGAACCCAAUGGCCUGCACUUGAUAUAGCGGAAAAGCGCAGGUACCUGCGUGAUCAACUAGGUAUUUUUGAUGAUCCUUUGCAGAAAUCGGGUUCGAAUAAACAACAUUUGGAAACUCAAGCAGAUACGUUAAACGGCAACCAUGUAUUAAAACAAGGCUUACCACUGAUUUCAAUGCAUGCCGAACAACUUCCUAACAACAAAUCUUCAAAUGCACUAAGUGGAAAUGCAAUUAUUGAUCCUAAUACGGAGGAUGAUCAAUUAUCUAGUGUACUGAAAAGUUUCACUUUAAUUAAAGCCAAUAUUUAUACACAUGAAGGUUUGAUUGAAAACAUGAAAAAGGCCUAUGAAUCUCUUACUAUAUGCUCUUGUAAAUCGUCCGUUGUUGCAAACAGUGAAACUGUCAUCAGCUCUAAUUUAUGUUCAAUUAAUAACACAUGCCAUCAUUUCUUGUCUAGAAUUGAAUGUAAACCAAAGAUUUGUUCAUUUCAUGAAACAGAUUGUGGUAAUCGACGAUUCAGUUUACUUGCAAACACUACUACUAUGAAGAAAGAUGAUAAGUGUUUAUUUAAUGUCGUGCGAACUAUUAAUCGAGGAUAUGGUUUGAAAACUUUGGCUUCAUUUCAACAAGGUGAUUUAGUCAUGGAAUAUCUAGGUGAGGUGAUAGAUAUUGCAGAAGCUAACCGUCGGAUUAUUGAUGCACUUGGUUCUGAUGCAUUGUCUAGCAUAACUUCAUCGCAUGACAGUUUCCAUCCACUUUCGAUAACCUAUUUAACACGAUUCAGUCCACAGUUGAAUUUAGUUCUAGAUGCUGGAACUAAAGGCAAUUUAAACAGAUUUAUUAACCAUUCAUGUGCACCAAAUUUAGUUACUGAAUGUUGGAUAGUUGACGGUUAUCCACGACUCGGACUGUUUGCCUGUCGACCUAUAGAAGCCAAUGAAGAACUAACAAUUAAUUAUAUUAAUGCUCAAAUUCUUUCAACGGGUCUUAUGGGUGCCAGUUGUUUAUGUGGAGCUGAUUCCUGUGUACGAAAAAUACGUUUACCAACAGCAUUUAAAUUAUAUGAAGGAAUAGUAAAUGAAGUUAAAAGUCAUCUCACAAAUGAUAUUCAAUUUUAA